GAGUUUUCCCACCAGCACCUACUCGGCUCGACUCUACUGGGUUUGUGAGGUUUUCCAUCAGGACGUAGUUCCUGGUACCAGCUACUGUUUUAGUUCCUACUGGGCCGGGGUUCCCAGAGAGCUGAUUGGAGCCGAUAAUGUGACGUCUACAGAGUGCAGGCCUCUGAUUGGACAGGGAGUGAUGACACACCAGAGCAACUCCUUCACCAAAACCAAACCGUCAUUUAAAAAAAAACACUGGCAACAGCGACGGUGCUCAUUGAUCUUCACAGAACUUGGCAAAAUAAGAAAUCCACAGACGGAGCAGCAGGUGUACCAUCAUCUCCAUGUCCUCCAUUGUUGUGUUGCGUUUGUGUCGCACACAAACGAUUAAGGGCCUUUUGGGCCGCCGUGCUGUGACGACUCCCCCCACGAUGAGGAGGUACUCAGGUGUAAUGGAAAACCACCUAAACCGAGUCGAGUAGGUGCUGGUGGAAAAGCAAUUUUAGUAUCUUGUGGAAGUUUGGUAGAAGAGGAAUAUUGCAGCAAAAUAAUGAUCCAAAGGACACUGCCAAAAUCAUACCAGAGUGUCUAAAGAGGAGAAAAGUGAAUACUAUGACCUGACCAAGUGUGUCGCAUGACUUAAAGAACACUUUUGGAGCAUUUCAGAGAGAAGACCACAGCAGAGCAAUGGAAACUCACCAACAAAGACCUGCUAGAAAGAAAUUCUCUCCAGAAGUUUGUGCAACACGGGAAUCCUUCAAGCCAAGGAGGAUCGAGUCCGCAGUCAAAUAUAAAGGUGGACUUGCAAAAACAACCUUCAGCUCGUGGUGGUCGCCAUCAAGAUCAUUGAUAAAACUCAGCUGAACCCCACCAGCCUGCAGAAGCUCUUCAGAGAAGUCAGUGUGAUGAAGAUCCUCAAACAUCCAAACAUCGUGAAGCUGUUUGAGGUGAUUGAAACGGAGAAGACUCUCUACCUGGUGAUGGAGUACGCCAGCGGAGGUGAAGUCUUCGACUACCUGGUGGCUCACGGACGAAUGAAGGAGAAGGAGGCCCGAGCUAAGUUCCGCCAGAUUGUAUCAGCCGUGGAGUACUGUCACCAGAAGAGGAUCGUUCACAGAGACCUCAAGGCGGAGAACCUCCUGCUGGACGCCGACAUGAACAUUAAAAUAGCAGACUUUGGUUUCAGCAACGAGUUCACGUUGGGCAAGAAGCUGGACACUUUCUGUGGGUCUCCACCGUACGCUGCUCCUGAACUCUUCCAGGGAAAGAAGUACGACGGGCCGGAGGUGGACGUCUGGAGUCUGGGAGUGAUUCUGUACACGCUGGUCAGCGGCUCGCUGCCCUUCGACGGACAAAACCUCAAGGAGCUGAGGGAGCGUGUUCUCAGAGGGAAGUACCGGAUUCCCUUCUACAUGUCCACCGACUGUGAGAACCUGCUGAAGAAGCUGCUGGUCCUCAACCCGGGGAAACGAGGAAGCCUGCAGCAAAUCAUGAAGGAUCGAUGGAUGAACGUCGGCUACGAGCAAGAGGAGCUGAAACCGUUCACCGAACCAGAACAAGACCUCAAUGACCUCAAACGCAUCGAGCUGAUGGGCACGAUGGGCUUUCCUCAGGAGGAAGUGAGGAAGGCGCUGGACGGUCAGAAGUACAACGAGGUGACUGCAACCUACCUGCUGCUGGGGAGGAAAGCUGCUGAGUUUGAAGUCUCCACUGAGUCCUUCUCCAGCGGGAACCUGGUUCAAAGACCACGACCUGUUAGCGACAUCAACGGGUCCAGCCAGUCCCCCGCCCACUCUCGCAGCACAGCGACCAAUCAGAAGCAGCGGCGGUUCAGUGACCACGUGGCGCCCUCUGUCCCCCCGCCUGUGUCCCACACCAAGCGUUGCCAUGCCAACAGCGUAGAGAGCGACAGGAAGGACGACCCGGCCUCGCCCAUGGGAGCUCCAGACCGCAGGAAGUCAGCCACCGCCUCAGGGAGCAUGACUCGGAGGAACACGUAUGUUUAUGAGAAGAGCAGCACCGAGCGCUAUUCGCCUGCCAUACCCAACGGGAAGGACAGCAGUCUACCUGAGGUACCUGCUGCCUCCCCCUCCCCGUCACCUGGGGCGACCGUCUCCUCCACACGUCCUCGUCACGUCAAGUCCAUGUCAGCCUCAGGACAUCCCAUGAAGUCCUGCCUGCCCCCCAUCGACGACAACGCCGAGUACCAGAGCUCCUCCCAGAAGCCUCCAUCGUCGCCUUCAGCCUUCAGCGUCACCAGCAGCGGCAGCACCGCCACACCGGACCGAACCCGCUUCCCCCGAGGCUCCUCCAGCCGCUCCACCUUCCACGGCGCUCAGCUCCGAGACCGACGUCCCGCCACCUACAACGGCCCGCCGGCCUCGCCCAGCCUGUCGCAGCACACGGCGGGGGCGCUGGCCACGCCUCACCGGGGAACCUCCACCUCCCUCAUCGGAAAGAUCACCUCCAAGUUCGUACGCAGGAGUUUAUCCGGCGAACCCAAAGAGGACGGUCGGGAGUCCAAGCCCCGUUCGCUGCGUUUCACCUGGAGCAUGAAGACCACGUCCUCCAUGGAGCCGGGGGACAUGAUGAAGGAGAUCCGCAGGAUUCUGGACGCCAACAACUGUGACUACGAGCAGCGCGAGCGCUACUUGCUGUUCUGCGUGCACGGAGACGCCCGGCAGGACAGCCUCGUCCAAUGGGAGAUGGAGGUGUGCAAACUUCCCCGCCUCUCGCUCAACGGGGUGCGCUUUAAAAGGAUCUCCGGCACGUCCAUAGCCUUCAAAAACAUCGCCUCCAAGGUGGCCAACGAGCUCAGGCUAUGAAGCCCUUAUUAUCUACAGUAACUGUCCUUAAACACUGAGAAACUUUGCUCCUCUACACAGAGCGACGCCCCACCAAGUGACGGCGGCCAUCUUGUGUUCGGCACUAUUCCAGGCUAACUGCUGUAUGACUCAGAGAAACCUCACCUUAUUAUCCCCAACACAGUUACUAUUUAAUGUCAUCACUAAAUGUUGAUGCAAGUGAAACCAAAUAUUAAAGCAGCUUAACGGCGCAGAUACCCAGCA